AUGACGGACAACAAGCUUAGGAUCUACGACCAAGAGGCUCGCCCUCUUGAGCCUGCAUAUGAACAAAAGCUUGUUCAAGAUUCGCCGAUGAACUGGACAUGGCUCCGUAAACACAUAAUCCUGCUGCAGUGCGCUUUUCAUGCAGCCGGCCCAGGCUUCACGAGUGCCAUGCUGAUUCCUGCCUUGGAACCCUUGUCCGAACAGUUCGAGAUCUCACCUCAAAAGGCAUCCUAUCUUGUCGCCACACAUGUCCUGUUCCUGGGGCUCGCACCAUUUCUCUGGAAUCCACUGAUGAAUGCGUUCGGACGCAGGCCGGUACUAGUAGGCACCAUGCUUCUGUCAUGCGUGGCCGCGUUGGGUGGAGGCUUUGCUGAUAGCUACGGCACUCUGAUGACCGCCCGAAUCUUUCAGUCCAUUGGGAUCUCGUCCGGUAUGGUCGUGCCAGGUGCUGUCGUUGUCGAUAUCUUCACCAAAGAGGAGCGUGGCCGGAAGAACGGCGUGUGGACACAGAUGAUUUCACUGGGCGCUCCUGUUGGCGGCAUCAUUGGAGGCCCUGUGGUUUACUACAUCGGUUGGCGGUGGGUCAUGUGGCUAAUCGCCAUUUGCAACGGCCUUCAGUUUCUGGCCUACGUGCUCACGGUUCCCGAGACAUCCUACACCCAUCGACAGCUUUCUGGGCUGGGCCGAGGCCAGUUUUCGGACAUGUUCAAGAUCCCAAAAAGAGCCCACGGAAGGCUUGGGUUGCGCUCAUUCAUUGAACCAAUCUUGCUGCUACAGUCUCCGCACGUCACACUCGUUGCGUUUGCUUACGGCGUAACCUUCGCAAUCACAUCACCGGGUAUUUCAGCUAUCGUCCCAAUGGCGACCAAGCAGAUCUACAACUUUAGCCCGAUCGCGCAGGGCCUGUUCUUCGUUGGGCCACUUGUGGGAGUUCUGCUUGGCGAGUUGGUAGCUGGACCAGCCAGCGACUGGCUUAUGAACCGUGAGCGUAGCCGGGCCGAGAGCACCGGUCGUGAUGUGCGUCUAGAGGCCCGACUUGUUGGAGGUCUGCCUGGUUACAUCCUAGCACCGUUGGGAGUUGUCAUUUUCGGUGUUACGCUGGAGACAUACUGUCCUUGGAUCGCGCCCUGCAUUGGUUUUGCGCUCGCGAACUUUGGACUGCAGUUGGUGACUACGCCGCUCAAAACCUACUGCAUGGACUGCUACCCUUCGCACUCAGGGUCGGUGUUACAGUUGAUCAAUGCGAUACGCCAGAUCAUCUCCUUUACCGUCCCGUUCUGGAGCCCUAACCUAGGUGAAAAGGUGGGCUAUGGGCUUGGAUUUGGUAUCGAGGCCAUUAUCAUGGGGUUUUUCUUUGUCUGCAGCUUACUAGUAUUCUGGAAGGGCAGCACCUGGAGACGAGCUGCGGAGCAAUUUGUCACUAUGAGGCUCAUCAUCUCCAUUCUUCUGGCCUUAGCUGGCGAUGCACUUGCUCAACAUGUUCAUAUGCACAUCCCAGAAGUUUCUCAUUAUAUCUCUGCCAUAGAGUCUGAGUUCUCGGCAUGGUAUCAUGGACCAAGACCAACAAUCACUCGACCAACUCAAGCUCCGCACCCCUUUCAUAGCCCGACACCAUCAGCCAGUUGUGCAUACUGGCUCGAGGAUAUCAAGCAUCAGGGCAUUGCGGCUUUCAAUUCUGACCCUUCAGCUUACCAAGUGUUCCGCGAUGUCAAAGAUUUUGGGGCGAAAGGCGACGGCGUUACUGAUGAUACUGCCGCAAUUCAAUCUGCAAUUGCAUCGGGUGGACGUUGUGCACCAGGCUCAUGCAGCUCCACCACGACCACUCCAGCAGUCGUUUACUUCCCUGCUGGCAUUUACAUGAUCUCCUCGUCCAUCAUCGAUUACUAUUACACCCAAAUGAUCGGAAAUCCGAAUUGUGUGCCCACGAUCAAGGCCUUCGCUAACUACACUGGAGCAAAUGGCCUCGGUCUUAUCGACGGUGAUCAAUAUGGCGCGAACGGUCUCGGAUUUGGUGCUACGAAUGUUUUCUACCGACAGAUCCGAAAUUUUGUCAUUGACACCACUUCCGUUCCAGCGAACCAGUCGGUGACUGGCAUCCAUUGGCCAACUGCUCAGGCUACCUCACUACAAUUCAUCACCUUCAAUCUGAGCCAGGAAGCAGGCACACAACACCAAGGCGUGUUCAUCGAGAGUGGAUCUGGUGGCUUUCUCGGCGACUUGGCCUUCCACGGUGGAUUGUAUGGCAUACAGAAUGGCAAUCAACAGUUCACACAAUCACGACUCAAUUUCACAAACGUAGUAACUGCAAUAAACCAACUAUGGGACUGGGGUCAGUAUCAGAGUGGAUCGAUUCUAUUGGUACCCAUUCUGAUUGAUCCCNNAGGCUGGCUUUAUCAAGACAUCAAUAUCGAAAACUGCUCUGUCGGCAUCAACAUGUCCUCUGGGGGCUCGACUGCUCAAGCUGUAGGCUCGGUAGUAUUGAUUGACAGCACGAUCAGUAAUACUCCAAUAGGUGUCAUUACCGCCCAUGACUUAACCUCCCAGCCUGCAGCUGGUGGCAGCCUCAUUCUAGAAAACAUUGCACUGAACAAUGUGCCAAUCGCUGUUCGAGGCGCUGGAGCGAUCACGGCACUUUCAGGUUCGUCUGGUUCGAGCGUCAUUAGUGCAUGGGUUGAAGGCCAUGAAUACACACCGAACGGACCCACGAACUUUGAAGGUACCUUCUCGGCAAACGCUAGGCCUGCCUCACUUAUUGCCAGAUCUGGAUGGUACUCCUCUGCUUCACUCGCGCCAGGAUCAAAGUACUACUCUCAAGCCAAGCCUCGGUACCAGCAAUACCCAGUCUCAGCAUUCAUUAGUGCUCGCUCUUCUGGUGCUACAGGAGACGGUCACACGGACGAUACAACAGCCCUCCAGACUGCCAUGAAUGUGGCAACAGCACGAGGAAAGAUUCUGUUCCUCGAUCAUGGCGAUUACAAGAUAACUCGCACUCUCAAUAUCCCAGCAGGAGCUAGGAUUGUUGGUGAAAGCUACAGCGUCAUACUCUCUUCCGGCGACUUCUUCAACAACAUCAACUCUCCACAGCCGGUCCUGCGUGUCGGACUCGCCAAACAGUGGGGAAGAGUAGAGCUGUCGGAUAUAAUAGUAUCGACGCAAGGUCCACAAGCUGGUGCAAUCUUGGUCGAGCACAAUCUUGCAGCACCACAAGGCAAUCCAUCCGGAUACUGGGAUGUCCAUACACGUAUCGGCGGCUUCGCAGGCUCCGAUCUGCAGAUCGCAGAGUGCCCAACGACACCGAAUACUACCACUCCACCCGCGCCUGUGAACUCGAAUUGUAUCGCAGCCUACAUGUCGCUGCAUAUCACUUCAGACGCAUCAGGCUUCUACGCCGAGAACAAUUGGCUUUGGACGGCUGACCACGAUAUCGACGACCCGCAGCUAACACAAUUGACCAUAUAUACCGGCCGCGGCCUUCUGGACCAAAGUGCGGGCCCCGUCUGGCUCGUUGGUACUUCCGUUGAACACCACUCAAAGUAUCAAUAUCAGUUCUCGGAUGCGUCUGACGUCUUUGCUGGCUUUAUACAAACAGAAACACCGUUGAGUUCCAUACCGCAUUUCCAUGUCCGUUCGGCACUAACAAUUGGGUAUCAGNNAUACUAUCAACCCAACCCUCCAGCUUCAGAGCCCUUUCCGUACGUCGCAGCCAUCGACGACCCCUAUUUCGCUCCUGUGGCCCGAGCCGUCAAUCUCACAUCUUCUAACACCUCAAUCCCCACCGAUGAUGCUUGGGGACUUCGCAUCGUCAACUCCAAAGAUGUACUGAUAUACGGCGCGGGUUUGUAUUCCUUCUUCGACAACUACUCGACCAACUGCUCGGAUCAGGGCAAUGGAGAGGUUUGUCAGAAUUAUAUUGCGGAUAUCGAGGGUAGCCAGGCUGUGAGCAUUUAUGCACUGAGCACGGUGGGUACACACUACUCGGUGCAGUUGGACGCUGUCGAUGUGGCACUUUACAGCGAGAAUCUGGAUGGUUUUGUGGAGACAAUUGCGAUUUUCAGGACAGGAUGA